UAUAUAUUUAGAGGGGAACCAGAUUUGCCCUGUGAGAGCUAGAGCAAUCAGAUCAUCCUCAUUGUAUCCUCUACUCAUGGAUUGAAAUGGAGGGUACACCAAACAAAUCAGUUCAAAGCUUCGCUGGCUCGAGAACUGAGAAAUCUACCGGGUCUAGUCAUCAUAGAGAAGCAGAGCAAAAUGACAGUUUUACAAGAAGGGAAUAUACUUGUGCUGAUUUUAUUGAAGCACUUCGCUUGAUUGAUCAGGAGGCAUUCAAGUGUAGCAUUGUUCUGAAUGACUUCUCCAUGCGAGCAAACAUCACUGAACCAUCUUACCGCACAGUGAAAUUAGAUGGUAUCUGCUCAACCUUUGUUUCAUCAGUUUUAGCUGGUGGAUAUACCUACACAGGUGAGGUUGCUACCACUGAUGGAGAUGCAAAGGAAAAUGCAGCCCGUGUGGCGAUCAAGUCAAUCCUUGUUACUAGAAGCAACCACAUGUUGGAGAGCAUCAGGUCAAACAAACCAACAGGAACAACAAUACAAGGAGAGCAGUCAAGCCAGCAGACAAGUGCCCAUCCUGCAGUAAUUUUCACCCCACCUGCUAGUAAUAACAUCCCUUGUGCUCCCCACCAUCACUAUAUGCUGCAUGCGCCAUUUGCUCCUCUUGAACAGAUGCAGUGGCGCCAUCCUGGUACUCCACAGAUGGUGCCGGUUUUUCCUCAUGAACAGAUACAGUGGCGCCAUCCUACCCCAGUACAUAUGCCAUUUCAUCCCCAUGAACAGAUGCAAUGCCGCCAAUCCCCUGCACCAAUGCCGUUUCUUCCCCGUGAACAGAUGCAAUGGCGCCAUCCCGCUGCACCAAUGCCAACAUUUCCUCCCCAUGAACAGAUGCAAUGGCAUAAUCCUGUUGCACAGAUGGCAUAUCUUCCACCUGAACAGAUGCAACGGAAUGUUCCAAUUGUACACACACCAUCUGAAAUGAUGCAAAUGUGGCAGCUUCCUCAAUCAAUAUCCAGCUCUAAUCCUGUGCUGCAAAAUGGGCUUUACUCGAAUACAGGUGGCGAUGAUGACAUGGUAGUAGAGGUUGGUUCCGCUGAGGAGACUAUGACUUUGAGUGGUACUAAGCGCAAAAUGGACCAAACUGAAGAGGCAGAGGGCAAGCAGGCAAAGAUCUCCAAGUAGCAUCAAUUUAUCAAGUAUCUACUUCUUGAGGAACCAAUUGUGAUGAGCAUUCUCUGCACCAUAUCGAUGAUCCAGAUAUGAUUCCCCGUGUUGGAGACUUGGAGUGGUACUGUUCAUCUUAAAUUUGGUCUCUCUGCAAACAUUAAGUUUAUGGAAAUGUAGAAGACUUUAAGCUGUUUCUUUAGUGAGGCUAGCAAAACUAUCAUAAACCAUAUGCUCCUGUAAGAUCAGCUGUUGACAAGUACCGUUUAUCAUUUGAAUAUUUGUGUGCAACCUCUUAUAUAGCAGCCUUUGGAUUUUGUGGUA